CUGCGCCCGCUGCUGCGUCUGCUGGGCCUGUGUGCCGCCGCGCCCGCCACGCCCGCCCUGCAGGCCAGCCUGGUGCUGCUGCUCAGCCAGCUCUGCGUCUGCGUGGCCCGCGAGCCUGGCCUGCUCGAGCGCUUCUUCUACCGCCCGCCUGGUCCCGGGACUGACCCCGGCUCUGGCCCCGCUGACCUGCUGCUUUUCUCCCUGCUCGUCCCCUUCGUGCAUCACGAGGGCAUCACCGGGCAGCAGGCCCGCGACGCGCUGCUGCUCAUCAUGGCCAUGUCGGCCAGCAACUGCACCGUGGCCUCCUACAUCACCGAUCACUCCUACUUCUGCCCGGUGCUGGCCACAGGGCUGAGUGCCCUGUACUCCUCGCUGCCCCGCAAGAUCGAGGUGCGCGGGGACGACUGGCACUUCCUGCGGCGUGAGGACUGGGCCGGCGUCGCCUCCCUCGCACUCUUCAUGAACUCUCUCGAGUUCUGCAGCGCCGUCAUCCAGGUUGCCCACCCACUGGUGCAACAGCAGCUGGUCGACUACGUCCACAAUGGGUUCCUGGUGCCCGUCAUGGGGCCGGCCCUGCACAAGACGUCAGUGGAGGAGAUGAUCGCCAGCACAGCCUACCUGGAGCUGUUUGUGCGCAGCGUGGCCGAGCCUGCCCUGCUCCGCGCCUUCCUGCGCUUCAUCCUGCUGCAUCGGCACGACGGCGCCACCAUCCUCGACACCCUCGUUGCCCGCCUCGGCACCAACUCCCGGCUCUGCAUGGUGUCGCUGAGCCUCUUCCGGACGCUGCUGAGUCUCAACUGUGAGGAUGUCAUGUUGCAGCUCGUGCUCAGGUACCUGAUCCCCUGCAGCCACGUGAUGCUGAGCCAACGGCGGGCGGUCAAGGACCUCGACCUCUACGGCCGCUCAGCCGCCAAGUUCCUGUCGCUGAUCCCGCGCUGCUGCCACCCUGAGAGCCUGCCCCUGCCCGAGCGCGACGAGGAGCACGCCGCCUGGGCCAAAGGGCAUGGCAGCCCCAGCGUGGACACGUCAUCCGUAGUGACCGUCCCCAAGCCCGCGACGCCCUCCCGCCUCUCCUUCUUCAUGCGGCAGCAGAGUGCCGGUGGAGCGGAGGGGUUGGGCGCAGUGCCACGCUCGCCUGGCUUGGCCUCGCCCGCCAGCAGCCCUGGCCACCGCCCGGCCCGCUGGGAGGAGGUGGCUGAGCUGGAUGGCAACUACCUGGAAUACCUGCGCGACGCGCGGCUCAGCGUGGACCGCUGCGCCUGGGCCUGCCGCGUCUGGUCAGCCCCCUACGACGGUGAGCGGCCCGGCCCCGACAGCCUGGUGCCCACGCCCGCCCCUGCCCUGCCCAUCAGCCCCGACCACUUUGGCCACGGCCCCCCCACCCCCCGGACUAAAAAGAGGGGCCUGCCCGAGGAGGCAGGGGGCUCAGCUGCUGGCCCUGGGGACAGCCGGCCUCUACCUGCCCCCGAUGCCCGGGACCCUGGUGCCCUGGUGAACGGGGCAGCCGAGUUGGGACGGCCCGGAGGAGGCCCGGAGGGCGCCGUGACGGUAAAGAAGGUGCGCCGGUGCCCCCAGGCCGAGCGGGAGGCCCUCCCUGCCGAGAAUGGGGCUCCUCAGCCCCCAGCCCCGGGCUGGGAGGGCCCGUCUGUGGACUCGCUGCUGGACGAGCUGCUGGCCCGGGCGCCAGCUGAGCCCAACGGCGCCGGUUUGAGCAUUGAGAGCUUCUCCGAGGAGCUGCAGGAGCUGGAGGCUGCCAUGAGGAACGGUGGUGGGGGGCCGCCUCGGGCCCAGCUCCCUCCUCCCCAUGCAGAGGAGGACGAGGCUGAAGACGAGGACGAGGCCUUUGCUGCCCCGCCGCGGCCUGCCGACCCUCUGGCCCAGGUGCUUGCCAGUCCCCCACGGGCCCUGGGACCCCCACCCAGCCAGCCCUUCACAGGCCCCUUCGUGGCGGUGCUGUUCAGCAAGCUGGAGAACAUGCUGCACAACUCCCUGUACGUCAACGUGCUGCUGACGGGGCUGGUGGCCCAGCUGGCCUGCUACCCCCAGCCCCUGCUGCGCUCCUUCCUGCUCAAUGCCAACAUGGUCUUCCAGCCCAGCGUCAAGUCCCUGCUGCAGGUACCCCCCGCAGGCCCCUUCGUGGCGGUGCUGUUCAGCAAGCUGGAGAACAUGCUGCACAACUCCCUGUACGUCAACGUGCUGCUGACGGGGCUGGUGGCCCAGCUGGCCUGCUACCCCCAGCCCCUGCUGCGCUCCUUCCUGCUCAAUGCCAACAUGGUCUUCCAGCCCAGCGUCAAGUCCCUGCUGCAGGUGCUGGGCUCGGUGAAGAACAAGAUCGAGAGCUUCGCAGCCGGACAGGACGACUUCCCCGCGCUGCUGCUCAAGGCCAAGAAGUACCUGAUCGCCCGUGGCAAGCUGGACUGGGGGGACACCCCCAAUGCCGCCCCCGCCCUGCGCCGCUCCGACACUCUUGUGAAGAGCCGGAAGCCGUCGCUGGGGGAGCUGCUGCUGCGGCACACGCAGAGCCCGACGCGGGCGCGAGCCGCGGCGCAGCUGGCGCUGCAGCAGGUGCGGGAGGGCCCGGUGCUGCAGGUGCUGGCGGGCGCCGGGCUGUUCCGCGGCGCAGCCGAGAAGCAGGGCGAGGCGCUGCGGGUCAAGAACGCCGUCUACUGCGCCGUCGUCUUCACGGAGUUCCUCAAGGAGCUGGCGGCGAUCGCCCAGGCCCACGCCGUCACCUCGCCCUUCCUGCUGGAGCCGCCCGAGGAGUGACUGGCCGUGGCCGUGGCGGCCCGGGGGCCGGGGGUGGGGGCCGCGCGGUCGGCCCUCCCUUUCUCCCCCCCGGCAGCGCCUCUUUUUAACUUGCCGCCAGGACACCACGGACCUUUUUAAUUUAUUGGGAUGAAUGUUCGCGGAGGGCGCGGUGCAAUACGGCCGCGGCCCCUUCCUGCCCCUCCCAGGCCUGAUGCUGGCCGGAGCCCACGAGUGCUUGCCCCCCCCACCGGCCAGGCCGAGCGGAGCCCAGCCACGGGCAUGGUGCACUCCCUGCCCGGCCGGAGCUGGGGACCGCAGGGGCCAGGGGAGUAGGGCCAGGCCAUGAGCGGGCUCAGGACUCCUGGGUCCUCUCCCUGCCCUGCAGCCGUGCCCCUGCCUCGGUUUCCCCGUCGGUGGGGGCCACGGCCCCUCCACCUGGGGCGUGAGUGAGAAGCCGGCAUCGUUUCCCCCCCGGCGCUGGGGGGGACCGGGCACAGGGACCUGGUUGGGCCCUGGGGGCUGUCAGGGGGGCCCGGCUACAGGCCAGGGACGGGCUGGGCUCUGCCCGGUCCCAGGGGCGCCUGCCCCUAUCACCUCUAGGCAAUCAGCAGCUGCCCCUGGGUCCUGCAUGGGGGUGGUGUGGUGGGGCCCGUCUGUACCCUCCCCUGGGGAAUAAAGGACCUGCUUGGAGGCAGCCA